AGUUGGGGAGAGAGGAGGGUCAGAGGCAGGGAGCGGCCACCGUGAGUGUGUUCAGCUGCCAGAGGCUGCAGUCUGUCCCGCAUUGAGCUGACAUUGCCUCCCUUGUGGCCCGGGGAUGAGCGAGUAGCGGCAGGAGCUACUGAUGGAGAAAGGCGUGGACGUGGAUGCGGGGCUGAAGCUGGGACCGGCGGCGGGGGUCGGGCCGCCCACAGACGGGCAGGAGAUGGAGAAACUGUUGGUGAGCGCAUCGGACGGCAGUUUGGAGAACGGGCUGGUCAAGUCCCGCUCCUUCUCUGCCGCCUUGCCCGGCGACAAGGGUCAAGAGGCGGCGGCGCCCAAUGGCCACAGCCUGCGCUGUCUCUCCACUGAGUCUGUCACCCAGCUGGGAGUCCCCCCGUCGCCAUCCCGGGUCAGUGUGGGUCGUCUCUCCUCCACCUGCACCGCCAGCGGCCGCGAACAGAGUCGCCCCCGGGACUAUCUCAUUCUGGCCAUUAUCAGCUGCUUCUGCCCCAUGUGGCCCAUCAACAUUGUGGCCCUUGUGUACUCCAUCAUGUCCAGAAACAGUUUACAACAAGGUGACACUGAUGGAGCCAGGAGGCUUGGACAUUUGGCCCGGUUACUGAGUAUCAUCGCAAUAGUGCUUGGAGCUCUCAUUAUCAUCACCUACUGUGUGGUGAACUAUGCAGUGGGCAUGUAGAUGACCUGCAGACCACAGGGGAUCAUGGGCUGAAUUCCUAGACUGACUGAAUGAAGGGAAGUCACCUUUUUAACCAAGUCCAAGACAAGAUGGCGGGUGUGACCAGGACAAUGUACAUCAUCCAGUUCCGUGUAACCAGGACUGGAGACUUUCCGUUGUCAAAGCUAAGCGGCCAAUUGCAGGUAGAUGGCUGGGCGAGAAGGCCAGUGACAAGACCCUGUGCUGGGACGUACACUUGCAUGCUCCUCAACGCACAGACCUCUGGCACCGACCGUUACUGCACAAACCUGUCAUCUUUGUACAAACAGCGACUGUCCGUCCAGCUGAGACCUGCCAGCAGUAACGUGUCGAUGAUACAAGGGAAGGAAAGGAAACAGAGAACGCAACUCAGGACGGCACCAGAGGUUGGGCAAAUUGCAGCAUUUUGUACUUUUGAUGAACAAACGUGACUAUAAGCAUGUGGAGAGUGAAAAUA